CACAUUGAUAAGGUUUCCAUCAUGGCUGGCGGCACCCCGCAUGGCGAGCCAUCUGUCGGCUCCGACACGCCGCGCCAGAAAGGCAAGGCGACGCCGGAGACGCUGAAGAUGGGCUGCAUUGCUUGGGUCGAGAAGGAAGGCCAGCCGCGACGAGCCGAAAUUCUGAGCAUAAAAGAAACGAAAUCUGGGAAGCAUUUCUACUGCAAUUUCGACAACUUCAACAAGCGUUUGGACGAAUGGGUGCCGGUUGCGAGGAUCGAUUUCUCACAGGACGUCGAAUGGCCAAAUCCCGAGAAAGACAAGCCAAAGGAUUCCAAGACCAAGAAAGCUCCAUCAGCUCAGCCGAAGAAGUCGCAAGUAUCAAAGAAGGCGCAAAAGCGACCUGGGAAGCGCGAACAAUCGGUUAAUAGUGAAGCUACAACACCGCAUCCAUGGACGGAUCUAAACGAGGCGCAAAGCCAGCGAAAAUCAUCCUCAGUCGGGCCGGAAGCAGAAUCACAACUAAACGUCAGUUUUGAGGCAAGCGCAACACCAGGCGCAGGAGAUGACCUGCUCGCCGAUGAGAAAGAAGAGGAAGACAAGAAAGAGGACCAUGCUUUUAGCCGAGAGGAAGAGAUUGAAAAACUGCGCACUUCGGGUUCGAUGACGCAAAAUCCGGCCGAAAUAUCUCGAAUCAGAAAUAUAUCAAAAGUACAGUUUGGGAAGCACGACUUAUUCCCAUGGUAUUUCUCGCCUUAUCCAGAGAUUUUUGGGGCAGAAGAUAUGAUAUAUAUCUGUGAAUUUUGUCUCAGCUACUAUGGAGAUGAGAUAGCGUUCACGCGACACCGAAAGAAGUGCACGUUGCAGCACCCACCGGGCAACGAGAUUUACCGAGACGACUACGUCUCUUUUUUCGAGAUUGAUGGACGGCGACAGCGGACCUGGUGUCGCAAUCUGUGUCUCUUGUCCAAGAUGUUCCUCGACCACAAGACACUCUACUACGAUGUAGACCCCUUCCUGUUCUACGUUAUGACGACGCGAACAGAUAAAGGAUGCCAUGUCGUAGGAUACUUUUCCAAGGAGAAGGAAAGUGCUGAUGCAUACAAUGUGGCUUGUAUUCUGACGCUUCCACAAUAUCAGCGGAAAGGCUACGGCCGUCUCCUGAUUCAGUUCUCAUAUGAGCUGUCCAAGAUUGAAGGCAAACUGGGCUCUCCCGAGAAGCCUUUAUCUGAUCUCGGUCUCCUUAGUUACCGCCAGUAUUGGUCUGAAAACAUUCUGGAUCUACUACUGGGCUAUAAUGAGCGGGAUGAGAAGGCGACGAUUGAAGCCAUCUCGACAUCUCUCGCAAUGACGACUCAGGAUGUGGAACAUACGCUGCAAGCCAUGAAAAUGCAAGUGUAUCACAAGAGUGAUCACAAAAUCGUGAUACCAGAAAAACUCAUUGAGCAGCGGGAAAAGGCAAAACUCAAACGGAAGAGGGUUCUUGAUCCCCAGAAGAUCCAGUGGAAGCCACCAGUGUUUACAGCAUCAAGUCGUACGUGGGGUUGGUGAUGUAAGUGUUGGUUUGGCAGCAGAUAUGAUAUAAUAUGGUUUUAUAGGUAGUGUUUAUGGGAGUUAUUGGGGUACAGGCGCUUAGUAGGUGUUUUGUUGAUAGCUUUGUCUGUACUGAGCGCAAUGGAGGUCUCAUCCUGUUUUUUUUUCCCUUGUCAAAAGUUACUCUUAGAUUGAUGAUACCCUCAACUCAAGAUAUAUUUACCC